ACCUUCUUCACCUCUCCUUUCACUUGUCUAGACUCCCCUUCUCUGCGUCCCCUUCGGAUAAUCUCGAGCACGUCUCUUCAACUUUGCUGAGUCUACCCUCUCGUGGCCCUCGACAACCUUCUUCCAGUUCGUCUUCUUGCCCACCAUGUCCGGUGAAGCCUGGCUCUAUCUGUUGGCGGUGUUGAUCAACGCCGUCAACCUGUUCCUUCAGGUUUUCUUCACGAUCAUGUACAGCGACUUGGAAUGUGACUAUAUUAACCCGAUCGAUCUGUGCAACCGCCUCAACGCCUACAUCAUCCCUGAAGCUGCCGUUCACGCAUUCCUCACCAUCCUCUUCGUCAUCAAUGGCUACUGGGUCGCUAUCGUGCUCAACCUGCCUCUGUUGGCGUUCAAUGCCAAGAAGAUUUACGAGAACCAGCACUUGCUGGAUGCGACCGAAAUCUUCCGCAAGCUCAACGUGCACAAGAAGGAAUCCUUCAUCAAGCUGGGCUUCCACCUGAUCAUGUUCUUCUUCUACCUCUACAGCAUGAUUGUUGCUCUUAUCCGCGACGAGUCUCACUGACUUCGCGACAAGGCAGAGCACGCGAUGCGCAACGGCCGUCCGGGCUAAUGUAUCGCGCGGCGUCAAGUCUUGUCCUUUAGUCGAAACGGCUUGGAUGAAGCAUGGUUCUGCGAGUAUCAACCUCGCUGCUGCAUUCCGAUCGCAUUCGCUUCGCUAACCCCUGCACAUCUCCUGCCGGGCUGCACUCGAUGCGAUCGGGCGCCUGCAGCAGGAGACCUUGUAUAUGACGUGACUAUGA